AUGUCCCAAACCAAAGAUACAGCUUCCCAGCCCUCGCCUGCUGGGACGCCGGGCCAGCAGGGCACCCCGGUCUCGACGCCGCGGCCGAGAGGUCCGCCGUUGCACAAGAUCUACGAGCUGCCCGCGCCCAUACGAACCUUUCCGCUUCCUAGCUUCUAUCCGAGUAAUCCAAUCUCUCUUCUCCACGUUUUGUACGCAUGGACGAAACAGACUUUCUUCCCACCGCCUGCUGAGCCGUCCGUGGUGUACGAAGGCAUUUGGUCCCCCGAGUCCAAGUCCGUCAACGUCUUCGACGCGAAGUCCAUGCGCGCGCUGUGGGAGCAGGGAUUCUAUGGCAAGGGCAACCUGAGUCGAAGCGAGCCCAACUGGCUGAAACGCGAGCAGGUUCGCCGUGGCUUGGUUCCUGGUCAGGUCAGCGAGCUCGUGACGGCCAAUCGUCGCGAAGAGCGCAGGCAGAUGAAGUGGGAGCGCGCCAAGUCCGAGCAAGAAGCUAUCCGUCAAACGCGUCUCCAGGAAGCGCAGGAGGCCACGUCAAAGACCACCGCUGCCACUGUUAGUUCCGUCAACGGCCAUGAACCCGCCUUGACUGAUGCGAUCUCGUUGCCUGAACCAAUUGUCCCUGCCGACCCGGCCACCGAACCAGAAUCCCUCUCCCAAGAUGUGACCAAGGAUGCGUCCAUAAAUACGCCUACCGAGCUUAAGCCAGGUGUUGUGCCUUCUGCGUCUCUCGACUCUCUGUCUGCCAUCGAAACAGGACUAGUCAACGGUGUCUCUUCGCCCAUUGAGCCCUUGACGGCCAGCCUUGGAUCGGCCACGAUCAUCGAGCCUGAGGAUGCUCUUCGAGCAACCGAGAUUGCCAAGGCCCUCGGCGAACCCUUGUCUCCUCUUCUUACUGCCUCGUCCUCUCCUACCGGUCCUCUCGAACUCCUCCGUCUGCCUAAUUCGCACGCGUCGUUGGCCGCAGCUGAUUACGUCCACGCCUCGACGAACGGUAUUCACAGUCCGGAGUCGACUUUGGUGAAUAGCGACUCGGAGUCUGUCACCCUGAACGGUGUGAACGGAUCGGGCGUCUCGGUCAACGGCCACUCGUCACCUGUCUCGAUCUUCGCUGCGCCUGUCGGCCCGCUGGAGCUGUUGUCACUCCCGAAUACACACGUCGCUGUCAUUUACGAGUCGAACGACACAACGAACGGCAUCGGCAAGGCCAAGGUUAUCGCGCCAAAGCUGUCGACGAUACCCGAAGAUGUCAAGCAUGAUGGGUCUACCAAGCCGUCGACUGGUCAUCUGAUAAACGAUCUGCUGGAUCACGACAGAAUUGCCAACGGCACCGACACCGAGAGUACCAAGGCACUGAGCACAACGUCGACGGAUAUUCCUUCAACCCCUACCAAACCUAUGAAACGCCGGAAGAGUGUGCGAUUCUCUCCCAAGGUUGAGUCGGCCACCUACCUGUCGUCCGACCCUCCUAGCCCUAGCUUUGCUUUGCUGAAUGGCAAGUCGAUACCAUCCCUCAAUGGGGCAUCUCUGGGGCCUAGCGUCGUGGAGUCGGAUCAAGAGCCGCAGACAAAUGGCACACAUGUUACACAGGCGGAGGCUACACCAACUGAGAUCGUCAACAAGGAACAUCUUCAACUCACCUCGGAGGAAGCAUUCUUCCUCACCUUCGGUCUCGGCGCUCUUCGCGUCGUCAACCCAAUCAACAAGCAACUCAUCCCUACCCCCGAGCUCCUAAACCUCUUCCGCCAGUACUCCUACUUCCCCUCUCGCGCGAGCACCGACCUGCACCCUGAUGACAGUUUCCUUGUCAACUAUGCAGUCUACCACCACUUCCGCUCUCUCGGCUGGGUGCCCCGCGCCGGCAUCAAGUUCGGCGUCGACUGGAUGUUGUAUGCCAAGGGCCCUGUCUUUGAUCACGCCGAAUUCGGUGCCAUCAUCCUGCCCUCAUACUCAGACCAGUGGUGGAAGGACAGCGAUCGCGAGCUCCCUCGCAAGACCUGGCACUGGCUCCACGGUGUUGUGCGCGUUCUGUCUCACGUGCAGAAGAGUCUGGUCCUUGUCUACGUCGACAUCCCUCCUCCACCCCAGUUCGACGAGGCCCUCCAGAAGGGCGGCCCGGCGGAGGUCUUCAAGUUGUACAAGAUCCGCGAAGUCAUGGUCAAGCGGUGGUCUAGUAACCGAAACCGAUGA